AUGUUUUUCCCUAACGCUCGUCCUGUCAACUAUCCGGGCCAUAUCCCACUCUCUCCUCUUCAACGAAUGUUUCUCGUUGCUGGAUCGGCCAUUAUGGGAUUAAAGGCGCCCUGGAGAGGCGAUAUGAUUGCUGUUCUUGGUGAUGCGUCUGGUCAACCUUUUUUCUUACGUCGUCUUCGUGACAAAAUGCUUGCCAAUGAAACGGGCAGACGCAUUCUGAAAGAACAGCCUCGAAUGACUUCCAAAUCACUUAAUCUGCCUCAUCUUCGAACUCUUCCUCCGAAUACAUUGGGUCGAAUUUAUGUUGACUGGAUCGACAAGGAACAUGUAACACCAGACUCACGAGCUCCAACUCGUUAUGUUGAUGACCCGGAAGAAGCAUACGUGAUGCAACGGUAUCGCGAAUGUCACGACUUUUUUCACGCCGUCUCUCAAAUGCCCACUAACAUCGAAGGUGAACUGGCUAUCAAAUGGUUGGAGUUUAUUAAUAUGGGAUUGCCCGUAGGAGCGCUGAGUGCCUUGUUUGGUCCUUUGCGUUUGAAUCGUGUGCAGGCAUCGCGUUUCCGUAGGACGUAUGUUCCUUGGGCCAUUCGUAAUGGGCUGAAGGCCGAGUUACUCGUUAAUGUUUACUGGGAAAAAGAGCUCGAAAACGACGUUGACGAAGUUCGUCAGCACAUUCGCCUUCAACAGGCUCCUGCAUUGUCUCCAAACACUCCGUAA